AUGUCAGGAAUCGAAAUCUUUGGCCUGCUCGCAGGCAUCGUCUCCGUCACGGAAGUCAUCAUCCACACGUAUGACGCAAUCAAAGAUUUCUCGGGUCUACCCGAAGCAUUUCACACAGUGGGAAAAAGACUCCCACUCAUUGAGAAAACUCUUCAGGACGCGAAACGCCAAGCCAAGGAGUCCAAAGACCCUGAGGACUGGGAAGGCGAAGACCCUGAGGCGCUGAAGACUCUCGUUGAGGGCUGCGGCGAAAAUAUCAAUGACUUGAAGAACAUCUUUGAAAAGCUCUCCCGUUCGAAAGGGAAGUCUAUUCGCCAAGCGUAUACUACGCUUGUCAUCGGAAUUGGCAAAAGAGGACGGGUCGAAUCAUUGAUGGGCGACAUUCUGAUGGAUGUACAGACAUUGACAUCCUACCGCGUGUUUAAGACGGCAACGCAGGACAAGGUCGAAGAGUUGAGGAAGGCCAUACAGGAGAUGAAUCAGGUUGAUCCUUCACUUCCUGAUUCGCUUUUCGAGGAGAAGACCGCAAGCAGC